AUUGCUACCAUUAUACUUCACCUGUAUGUCUACUAUACUCAACGAAUUACCUCUAGGCGAGCUAAAUUUUGACGCAUAUAGCCUCCGCGCCGCGGCAAUGCUUUGCAUGGGGAUUAUUUUCCUGCACCUCGCUCAUAGAGAGCCCGAAAUUAAGUACUAUGCGUUCUAUGCUGGAGCACACGCAAUCGUGAUGGGUGCUCUUGGGCUGCUCUCCUCAAGAAGCACUUAUCGAAAUGCUGUUGCGAAGAAGAGUAUUAAUGAGGCAACGAAACCCCAGUCAAGCGUAGAAACUGCAUAUGAAACUACUGGGACGGAGGACGGUUGGGAAGAUGAGAAGACUCGAGGAGUUUCUGAGAAUGCAGACGUGUUGGUUUGAUUCAUGUGCUGAGCUUGCUUGUGCAAGUACCAAGCAGGUAUCUCAUAUUAUAGUCCAAAACUCUAUUUUCCUAGAAGAUAUAUGUCGCUCCGAAGUUCUUUUGCGAUGCACAAUCAAAUAUCUCCUUCAAUAUACUGGGGCAGCUAAAGUUCAAG